GAUUCUCGGUCAAAAUCAGUUCUCAUCUCUGACGACUCCAGCACCUCUACCUCGCCAACAUGAAGGUUCUCAUCGCUCUCGUUGCCCUCGUGGCCGUCGCCUCCGCCGUCUACCCAAAGGUUAGGACCCACGUCAAGCCAGUUACCACCUACCACAACAAGGUCGUUGUUAACCGAGUUCCAACUGUCAACUACAGAAAAGUCCACGGCUACAGAACCGUCCAGGUCCCAACUGUCAAUGUUGUCCCAGUCCGCGGCUACAGAACCGUUAAGAAUGUCGUCCCAGUCCCAGUGAGAGGAUACGCCGUCCAGCGUACUGUUGUUGGUGACGGUUAUGGUGCUGGUUAUGGUUAUGAUGCCGGCUAUGGCUAUGGUGACCGUUAUGAUGCUGGAUACGGCUACAACGCCGGAUACGGCUAUGAUGCCGGAUACGGAUACAACGCUGGUUACGGCAAAUAUUAAACGGGACAUACUGACAUCUAUCGGCAGGUAAUGACAGUGUGACGUGGUACACAUGGAAGCAAGCACGAUGCAGUUCGGCACACUGAAAUUAUGAUCUCUAAAUUUGAAAAAAAUAUGCUGAAUAAACAUGCUUCUCUUUAAAAUACA